AUGCGGCGGGCGGCGGCGCUGGUGCUGCUGGCGGCGGCGGCGCUGAGCGGCGGGGGGGCGGCGGCGGCGGCGGCGGCGCGGAGCUGCCCCGCUCAGAGCCUGGGCUGCAAGUGCGCGGCCGAGCGGCCCAAGGCGCCCGGCGGCCCCGCCGCGCCCCGCCGGCGGGUGGUCUGCAGCGGCGGGGGGCUCCCGGUGCCGCCCGAGCCGCGCCUGCUGCCCGACGGCACCGCCACGCUGCUGCUGAGUAACAACAAGAUCACGGUGCUGGAGAACGGCUCCUUCUUCGGGCUGCGGGCUCUGGAGAAGCUGGACCUGAAGAACAACCUGAUCAGCACGGUCCAGCCGGGCGCCUUCCUCGGCCUCCCCGAGCUGAAGCGUCUGGACCUCUCCAACAACCGCAUCGGCUGCCUCAGCGCCAGCGUCUUCCAGGGGCUCCCCAACCUCCUCAGGCUGAACAUGUCCGGGAACAUUUUCUCCAGCCUCCCGCCCGGCGUCUUCGAUGAGCUCCCCUCCCUGAAAGUCGUGGACUUUGCCACCGAGUACCUGACGUGCGACUGCAACCUGCGCUGGGUGCUGCCCUGGGCUCGCAACCGCUCGGCGCAGAUCUCGGAGCGGACGGCGUGCGUCUACCCCCGGCACCUCCACGCCUUCCCCCUGCGCAGCGCCCGGGAGAACCAGCUCCGCUGCGCGGGCGCCCCGGAGCUGCACACCCACCACCUCAUCCCGUCGCUGCGCCAGGUGGUUUUCCAGGGCGACCGGCUGCCCUUCCAGUGCACUGCCACCUACUUGGACAACAGCACCCAGAUCCGGUGGUACCACAACCGUGAGCCGGUGGAGGAGGACGAGCGGACGGGCGUCAUCGUGGAGGAGAGCCUCAUCCACGACUGCACCUUCAUCACCAGCGAGCUCAUCCUCUCCAACAUCCACGUCUCUGCCAACGGCGAGUGGGAGUGUGCCGUCUCCACCUCCCAGGGCAACGUCAGCAAGAAGGUGGAGAUCGUGGUGCUGGAGACCUCCGCGUCCUACUGCCCUGCCGAGCGGGUCACCAACAACCGCGGGGACUUCAGGUGGCCCCGCACCCUGGCAGGCAUCACCGCCUACCAGCCCUGCCUGCAGUACCCCUUCGCCGCGGGGCCGGCUGGCGGGGGCUCGGCGGCCGAGAAGCAGGCAUGGCGGCGCUGCGACCGCGCCGGGCGCUGGGAAGAGGGCGACUACUCCCACUGCCUCUACACCAACGACAUCACCCGCGUCCUCUACACCUUCGUGCUGAUGCCCAUCAACGCCUCCAACGCCCUGACCCUGGCUCACCAGCUCCGCGUCUACACGGCCGAGGCAGCCAACUUCUCGGACAUGGUUGAUGUCCUCUACGUGGCCCAGAUGAUAGAGAAGUUUAUCGGCUACGUGGACCAGAUCAAGCAGCUGACGGACGUGAUCGUGGAGAUGGCCAGCAACAUCAUGCUGGUGGACGACCACAUCCUGUGGAUGUCGCAGAAGGAGGAGAAGGCUUGCACCAGCAUCGUCCGCUCCCUCGAGAAGAUCGCCGCCCACACGCUCAGCAGCAACUCCCAGCACAUGGCAGUGAACUCACGCAACAUCGCCUUCGAGGCAUACGUGGUGAAGCCCGAGAGCUACGUGGGGCUGAGCUGCGUGGCUUUCCAGCGGCGGGAUGGGGGUCCGGCCGGGCGUCCCCCCCCAACCGAGCUGGGGGCUGAGCCCGUGCCCGACCAGCAGCUGAGGCUGCGCUGCACCACGGGGCGCCCCAACGUCUCCCUGACCAGCUUCCACAUCAAGAACAGCAUCGCCCUGGCCUCCAUCCAGCUGCCGCCCAGCCUCUUCGCCAGCCCUGUCCCGGCCGCGCCGCUGGCCGACUGCAAGCUCCAGCUGCUGGUCUUCCGCAACGGCAAGCUCUUCUGCAGCACGGGCAACUCCUCCCGUUUGGCCGACGACGGCAAGCGCCGCAGCGUGGCCACACCGGUCAUCUACGCCGGGACCUACGGCUGCGGAGUGGGAAACCUGUCGGAGCCGGUGGCCGUGUCGCUGCGGCACCCCGGGGAGGGUGCGGACCCGGUGGCUGCGUACUGGAACUUCGAGGCUGGGGGCAUGGGGGGCUGGAGCGCCGAGGGCUGCCAGCUGGCCGCCCGGGAGCCCAACGUCACCUCCCUGCACUGCCGGCACCUCAGCAACGUGGCUGUGCUCAUGGAGCUGAGCGGUUUCCCCGGCGAGGCGCGAGGCGCCGUGGAGGUGCUGCACCCGGCCAUGUACACCUGCACGGCCGUGCUGCUGCUCUGCCUCUUCACCACCAUCAUCACCUACAUCGUCAACCACGGCACCAUUCUCAUCCCGCGGAAGGGCUGGCACAUGCUGCUUAACCUCUGCUUCCACAUCGCCAUGACGGCUGCCGUCUUCGCGGGAGGCAUCACCCUCACUGGCUACCUGAUCGUCUGCCAAGCGGUCGGCAUCAUCUUGCACUACUCCUCCCUCUCCACCCUGCUGUGGAUGGCGGUGAAAGCCAGAGUGCUCUACAAGGAGGCGACCUGGAAGGCGCCGCGGCAGCCGGACGGGGAGGCGUCCCAGCCAGCCCCCAGACCUAUGCUACGGUUCUACCUGAUCGCCGGCGGGAUCCCCCUCAUCAUCUGCGGGAUCACGGCAGCCGUCAACAUCCACAACUACCACGACAACAACCCCUACUGCUGGCUGGUGUGGCGGCCCAGCCUGGGGGCUUUCUACGUCCCCGUGGCUUUCAUUUUGCUCGUCACCUGGAUUUACUUUCUCUGCGCCGGGCUCAGCCUCCAGUGCCGACCGUUGCGCCAGAAAGACGUCCCCGAGCCGCUGGAGCCGCCGCCGCGGCUGGGGGGUGCCGGUGACCUCCUGACGGACUCCGGGUCCAUCUCGGUGACGCUGAACUCGGGGCCACCCUGCCCCGAGGCGGACGGCGUCUACUCUCUGCAGGUGCAAUUCUGGGCGCUGGUGACCACCCACGCCUUGUACGUCGCCCUGUGGACAUUCGGCGCCAUGGCCGUGUCCCAGCGCUGGUACCUGAACAUUGUCUUCAGCUGCCUCUACGGCAUCACCGCCGUGGUGCUGGGACUCUUCAUCUUCAUCCACCACUGCAUCCGGCGCCGGGACGUCCUCAACUCCUGGUUCUCCUGCUGCCCCUCCUACAGGAACGCGCUGCCCAUGCAGGCGUAUGUCCACCCCGGGCUGGUGCCGGAGGAUGGCUCGCAGGUCUUCAUCGGCUGCGACCCGGAGGCGGCUCACUCCGGUGCCUCCUCCUCCUCCUCGCCCAGCAGCGCUGGCUCGGCCGGGGGCCGCUGCAAGCUCACCAACCUGCAGGUAGCCCAGAGCCAGGCGGACGCCCGCCCGGCCGCCUGCCCGGAGCCGGACCCCCCCGACGGCAAGACCCCCGGCGUCGGCAGGCACGCCAGCAACCUCCACGGCCGCAGGAACCACCGGGGCAGAACUAAGCAGUGCCGGGACGGGAAGCACCACCGCUUGAAAAUGCUGCGGGGCCCCUCCUCGGAGCACCCCUCCAGCGAGAGCGGGAGCCUGCACAACAGCCACUCCGAGAGCUACCACAGUGGCCGGAACAGCCCCAUCAGCAGCGGCCGCGCGGGGCCGCGGGCCCCCCAGGACGGGGAGACGGCACCCAGCCACUCGGAAGGCAGCGACGGCGGCCGGCGGGCGCCCGACUUCGCCGAGGCUCGCCGGAGGAGCGCCAGCAGGGACAACCUGCGGCAGGCCAGCGCUGCCGAGAAGGAGGCGAAGCGCCGGUCCUACCCGCUCAACGUGGCCAGCCACAACGGCGGCCUCAAGGGCAGCAAGUACGACAUCAACCUGGCCAGCGCCGACAGCGUGGCCGGGAUGAAGACCGGCCUCUGGAAGAGCGAAACCACCGUGUAAAGGUGGGGAAGGACCGGACGGCCGCAGCGCCGCAGCAUUUUCCCCCGGGAGCCGCGGCCGGAGCCGCUCGGGGCGUCUGCGAGGAGGCGACGCUGCGGGAAUCGCCACGUGCACUAGUGGGGACGGGCGGCACGGCCGGGGGCUCCGGCUCACCCCGGGUGGAGGGCGAUGCCGAGCCCGACCCGUCCCCUGCGGAGGCUCAAAGCUUCCCACGGCAGCGCCGGGGUCUCGAGGUGAAAGGCAAUCCUUGCUCUUCAGCAGCCUGAGUUGCAGCCGUACUUUAAUCACUCCUGCAUGUCACUUAAGACUGAUCCUAAAGGCUAUUUUAUAAUAUACAGAGGAAACAAAUGUCUAUUUUUCAAAGCUAUAUUAUUGAAUGUAUAUAUGUAUAGACAGAUCAGUAAGUGAUGCGAGUGCCUCAUUACCGACCAGUGUUCUCCGGGAGCGGGCAUCCCCCGGGCGCUUUGGCAAUAGCCCGCUCGUGCCACGACUGCAAUAUUCCCGUCAAGGGGACCACACCAAGUGCCCUUUACGUACAGGCACCGUAGCACCGAUGCCUGUGUGACCCCCAGCCUGAGCAAGCUGCUUCUGCGCGAGUCAGAGGGCGGCUUCUCCGUCUGAAAUGUUUUUACAUGCAAAAGUUUUUACCCGUGUGUGUUAGACACCAGCGUUGAGCCCUGUGGGUUACACAGCUGCCAAAGUAAAAGCCAUACUGCAAAGCAAGCACAAGGUAAGGGGAGCCUCAGCUCCAAGGCGAGGCGAUUGUCUGCGCUGUUUUAAUGCCAGACACUAAAACCACAGCCAGAAAAGGCUCCCAAGCCCUCGGAGGAAUAAGCUAUGCAAUGGGGUGGGCUGGCGGAGCCGUGCUGCUGCCGGAGCCGAGACUGACCCUCUCCGCCAAAGCACCAAAGAGCCGAGCCAUGGGCAGAGACCCAAAGCAGGUCCUCGUCCUUAACCCAGGGGUGCACGCUCAGAAAGUACUUGGGUUUGCUCUUAGGAAGGCAGAGAAACCCCCCGCUACCGGCCUCGCACUCGUGUAAGAUGAAAGUGCCGGGGAGCGGGGGCCAUUCCUGGGAAAGUGGGAGAACGACACCAAUUAAUUAGGGACCUUCCUUGGACAGUUAACACGUUCAAAGGGCUGGAACUUGGAUAAGCACUUAUUUUUCCCCAUUUAGAAACAAGUCCCCCCCCUUUUUUCUAGCAUGCAUAUAAAAAAGCCACACUGCAGACAGCAGCAGGCUCUGGGAGUUGUCCCCUGCCAGGUCUGGAAGGUUUCCUGAAACAAGAGGAGGUUGCUUACCCUGCAGCCGGGCAAGGAGCACCCCAGCCCCGUGCUGGUGCAGUACAGCUCUACCUGCUGCCUGCCCACGCUGGACCGGGGCUGCAUUUCACCCCUCGCCCGGCACUGAGCCCGGCUGACGCCGACCGCAGCCCUAAGAGUGAUGCAGAGGAAGCGGGAUGGAAGCCUGGUGCCUCCUCUGCCCUUUCCAGCCUCCCCCGCCUCAGUUUUCUUCCGCCUGCAAAUGAGUUUAAUUAUUUAGCUACCUCCCGAGGGGUUGCGAGGACCAGGCAGGGGCCGGCGGGGAGCGGGAGCAAGAAGGCAGUGGAGGAAGCUGCACUUGGUGGCAGAUUUGUCUCACCUUCGGAAACCCUCGGGGAACCCUCACCCCGCAGGGCUGGGGCACCCCGGGCUUAACGCGGUUCUGCCGCUCCCCGCCUGCCUCGACUUCUCUGCCCAACCGACGGCUGAAACCACCUUUCUCUGCGCCUGGUAUUUAAUACAAUUUAAAUCCUUAUUGUCGAUACCGCAGCCUACACGGUCUUGCUGAUGCUGAGUUGUUAUAUACGCUUGCUGCACUGUGACAGUAUUAUAUAAAAAGCUUUGUAUUAUUAAUUACACUUUUUUCUUUUGUCUGUUUACAUUACAAGCAAAUGACAUAUCAACAAAGAGCUUCUUGCAAUAUACGUGGGAGAGGGAGGGGAAAGUAUGCCAAAGAAGUGUCUUUAAAGGGGUCUUUUUGCAUUUUUAUAUAAAUAGAAUGUUUCUAGCAGAUAUGUUUUGUUUAAUAUAUUAAAGAUUUGCCAAUCUG